AUGUAUGCAGGAGCAACAGUCAAGAGUAAUAUGGUGGGAUGUGACGCAUUAAAGGUGCCAUUACGCAGUGAAGUCUUUGAUGCAGCCAUAUCAAUUGCUGUAUUGCAUCAUAUCUCGACAGACGAACGCCGAGUUGCACUCAUCAGUGAGUUAGCACGCUUGGUACGAGUUGGUGGUCAAGUGUUGAUUGUGGCCUGGUCGUUUGAACAGGAUGAGCACUCAAAGCGCCGCUUUGAACAACAGGAUGUCAUGGUGGAAUGGAAACUCCAGCAGAAAUACGCAAAGGACGACGAGCAGAUAGAAACUAAAUCACACGGGCAAGUUAUUCGCGAAAAACAAUGGAUAGUCUAUGAGCGCUACUGUCAUGUUUAUCGUAGUGGCGAGCUUGAGGCACUGGUGGCGCAAGUGUCAGGCCUUGAGUUGGUAUCGGUGGCGUAUAGUCGGUCUAAUUGGUGCCUUCGUCUACAACGCGUUGCUUCCUAG